AUGUCUCUCGAACUUGAGCCAAAUCUGAUUAAGCGCGGCGUAUGUACAAUCUGGAACUACACCAAUCCUUUGGCACCAGUAGCUCGAGGCUUCGACCCAAGACCCGAGCUUCGCCGUGACGACACAACGCUCACAAUCAUCUUCGUUGGUCUCAAUGCUGUUACCUAUCAGAACAAAGUCCACGACCCUCUCUUCAACGCAACCGUGCCGAUGGAGGCAAAGGGUAUAGACAGCACGGGCGGUCAUCCAAUCCGAACCUUGUAUUAUGCAUCCAAGUUCGCUCGAGCACUCGCCUGCCAGGAGCAAUAUCGAUUCUGCUACAAGCCCCCUUCCGGAAAAGACGAGUGCACCGAGCUCGGCGAGCUCCCUCUCAGCGUCUUUCUAGGGAACCUUCCUCCUCCCAACAUUGAUUUCAGCGCUUUCCCAAACGCAAACGAAAUGCAGAAGGCGAUCUUUAGAUUGAUUACAUCGUCCGCAUACGAGUUCAACAUCGCAAACGUCGCGCUUGACCUAUUAGCGGAAUCGCUAGAAAAACCCGAUAUCGAAAGAGGACUUCCUGACGACCAAUGGCUACGCGAGUUGACACGCUGGCAAAAGCAGAUCUUAGCAUCUUUGCAAGUUGCUAUGAUUAACUAUUCGAUUGGUCCUGGAUCGCGCGAUACUGCUUAUCCCGCGUAUGUCCGACCGACGACCGAUGCUGAGAAGCAGCUUUGUACGAUGCAAAAGAUGAGGAAGUCUGAUAACGUUGUAAACGUCAACGUUUUCGGUCUCUCCUUCAUCAUCGCCUUCUCCAUUCUCGUCGCCCUCCUCGACAUCUUCAUCCCCAAAUUCAUGAUCUACCUGUCCAAAUUCCGCGCCGCACUCAGCCCACGCAUCGACCGGUGGAUCCAAGACGGCAUCUGGCAGCUACAACAACGAGCCUAUGAGGGCGAAGGGUACCGCGGCUGGACCGAUCUGGAAGCAGACAUACCGCUCACGACUGAGGAUAAGCUGAAGGACCUGGCGAUAUUGUGGCUGCCGAGUAAGAGCCCGGCUAUGAGCCAUGGAGAGAAUCGAGGCUUUGGGAUAAUGGGAUGGUUUAGGACACAAGGGGGCCGCGACUAAGCAAACUGAUAGAG